GGUUCCCACCUCCAUCUUUUAUUGAUUACUCUUCGUUCUACAUUUUUCUUGUUAAUAACCCAUAUGGCAAAGGAAAUGGGUGAAUGAUUUCCCUCUGACUUGCUUUUAUUAAUCCCGAAUCACAGAUCGGCUCACAGUUAGGGUGAUUUAUGAACUGCAGCUUUCACCAUUGCUAGUUCAGGGCAGUUGGAAACCACCGGGUGCCAACCUGAGCAGCUGCAGCCCAGCGCUGGUGAGCCAAUGUGCUGGGAUGUGUGAAACGGCCCUCGAUGGGUGCGUUAAUGCAGCCAUCAGAGCUGCUUUCGAGUUGUGCGCUCAGCCCCUGGCUUCCCAGCUGAAGGUAGCAGACUGUCACUCAGUGGUCUGAAAUGCAAACAAUAGAUUUUAUUGCGACUAAAUAAGUUUUUAGUAGGUUGCUUAAAGGGAAACAAGAUACAAGGAAUGUGAGCGAAAUGAGAAUGCUCCUGAAGUCAGGCUGCAUAGAUGGGGACAAAGGAGAAGUGGUGAAGAGAACAGCAGUUCUGGGUCUGGGCAAGAGCUCAAAGCAAUCACAGGGAGAGGGGAGGACGGAGCUCUGUUCCCGUUCAUGCUCUUCUUGGAAAGCCUGAACCGAGAUCUUCUUGAAGUUUGUUUUUUUUUUUUUUUUUUUCUUUAUCAGAAUGUGAUUAACUCUGGCUUUUCCUAGGAAGGAUGAUCUUAGUGGUCUUUCCAACCUUAAUAAUCCUAUGAUUCUACGUCGGUGUGCAGGUGCCACGUGGGAGCUGCCGGCUCCGUGCACCCAACCCGCGCGGCCCAACCACGGCGCUCCCGCGGCGCGGGCCCUUUAAGAGGCGCCUCACCCGGCGCGUUCCAGCGCCGACCUCUCAACCAACCUCUGUGGGCCGCCCUUCCCCGCUUCCCAUUGGUUGAGUGGCGCCGAGGUCCCGCCUCCCCGCGCCGCCAGCCAAUGGAAGAGGGAGUUGGGGGAGAGACGGAGUUGGGCUGGUGCUGCUAUACGAGAUGAGGCUGAACGAGAGCCGGACCAGAUCCUUCCAGGCUCCUGUCUCCGUCCAGAGCUACCCGGGAGGGCAGGUGUACGUGUUCCCAAAUGGCCGCUCUGACUCAGAGGAGUCGUCAGAGGAGGAGCUGAACGUCAUGGAGCUGCGGCCCAGGGGCAGGGAGCAGCAGCGGUGCAGCACUGCACGGGACAGAGCUGGGGAUGUGCUGCUUCUGGAGAGAGAGAUCACUGAGGAUGACAGUCUGAACAAGCUUGCCCUGCAGUAUGGUUGCAAAGUUGCAGACAUCAAACGCGUCAACAACUUUAUCCGGGAGCAGGACCUGUAUGCUUUGAAGUCCAUCAAGAUCCCCGUGAAGACCCACGGGCUGCUGACAGAGAGCAGCAAGGAGCUGAGGCCGCUCCCAGCUGCGCGCUCCCAGAGCGGCGUGGUGCUGGUGGACGUGCCGGAGCCUGGCGCUGGUGGCAGCGGCUCUGCUGAGAGCAGGCAGCUCGUGGACUACUUCAAAGGCAUCGACAAGAGCAUCCAGGACGCCGUGCAGGCGGAGGCGCAGCUGAGUGCUGAGUACUGCGUGGAGGCGCCGGAGAGGCCGCUGGCCGAGCCGGGGAAGCGGGAGAGCAGUAAUGGUGCAGACUGUGGAAUCCAGUGGUGGAAUGCAGUUUUUAUUAUGCUCUUGGUAGGAAUUGUCUUGCCGGUGUUUUAUAUCAUCUAUUUUAAAACACAAGAGAAUGGCCCGGCGGCCCACACCUCCAACACAACAGCAGCCUCAAAUAUUUCAACAGAUGGAUUGGAAGGGAAAUUACUACGAGGCUCAGUCGUAGAAAAAAAUGCUAGGGGGGAGAUACAGCCCAAUACAGCCUCUCCUCCCAGCGCUGACACCCAUAAGAUGGUGACUCUGAGUCGAGUGCAAUCGGGGGGAUAACACUACAGAUAUAUAUAUGUAUUUUUUUAAACUAGUCAAUGUAGUUCUGAGCUUGACUGAACUGGAGAUGCGAUUUUGUGGAAGAAUAAGGAUGCUCUGUGCUUGUGAAGACCAGCAGGCAGCUGGCUUAACAUUUGUGAAUUCUGAUGAGGGAAAGUAUUUUGAAGCAGUUUGCUCUUCUUGCUUGCUUCAGGUAUUUCUUAAGAGUGGUUUUGUCUAUGAGGCUGAACCCUUUACUUCUGUGAUAGAGUGCAGUAUUGGUGUGAUUGGAAAGCUGGGGGCUGUUUGUUUUUUUUAGAAAAUACAUUUUGCUUAGAGUAGAGGUGAGGACUCGUCUUUUUCAAUGAAUUGUCAUUUUUCUAUCUUGCAGAGCCUGGCAGCCUUGGCAGGCCAAACCCAAAAAGCAGUGGCUUUUAGUUGGUUGGCUGGGGUGUGGUACAGCACAGGGACACCAGCAGCACCUCACCACUACAUCUUGUGCAUGAUGGCUAAGCAGUGGGCGGUUUGAGUCCUGCAGUGGGGUGGGUGAGGUCAGAGCUUUUCUCCUGGUGGAAGUCCUUCAAAGACUUCCUGCCAAAGUCCAUGCAGGCAGAGCUCAUCGCAGAGUCCUUGUUUUUGUCAGGGUUUUGUCAGAGCCACAGCGGGCUGGCAGCAGAUGUCCACAGUAUUGGCAGGAGAUUGUGAGAACAGUUAGGCUUGUGGGAUGGUGUGCUCUUCUCAAGGGUUUAUUUGUUGUGAGGAAAUCUAGCUGUUACCUGCUUUUGGUUUAAAUCCAUAGUGGUGCAUCUCAGAUGUCACAUCGGAGUUGUGGACUUGAGUUUCCUUGUUUGUACUCUUCACAUGAGGGUGCUGCUGAGUUCACCUACCAGACCAGCAAAGAAGCCCAACAUUGUGUCAGGUAGUCACAGAAGGGUAUAUCAAAUGCUUUCUAGAUGGGGACUAGGAAGCUGCUGUAUGCUGAACAGUCCUGUUCACUCUGAGUAAGUAGGGGGGAUGGAUGGAGGUUUGUGUGGCUGCGCUGUAUGUCAGCCUGAUACGUGUGCUGUGUCAAUGAACACUGCAUGCUGGAAAUGAGGAGCAGUGAGGCUUUGGGAGAGAGUUUUGCUGCAGAGAAUUGUCCUCAGAACUUUUUAUUCAACAAAUUCAGGGACUGCAGACAGAGGUAAGCUCUCCUGGAGCAAAAUGCUGAGGUAUUGCUGUAGCACAGCUGCAUGAAACCCCCAGGGAGGGGAUCUGGGCUGUAACUCAGCAGCAGCCAGCUGGUUGUGUCUGCUCAUGGGGAGCCUCGGGGCUGUUUGCACAGAGCUGAGCUCCUGCAGAGGAGGCAGAGUGGUGAGCAGGCGCACAGAGUGGCAGUUUGUCUUUGCCCCGCACUGCAGCCUCCCCACCAUUUGCUGUGUUUCCAGCAAGCUCAACAAGAUGCCCGCAGAAAAAAAGCACAGAAUCCAUUUGUGGCAAGCUGUGGAGGUCAGACCUGAGCUGCUGGAGCAGUGCUUGCCUGCUGCGGGCCUUGCAGCAGAGGGCACUGCUGCCUGGGAGCUGCGGAGGGUCAUCGCAAGGGCAGCAUUUUUAGGGAGCCCGGCUGCGUUGUUGGGCUGUGAUGCUGAACCUAAUGUCUGUGCAUGAACCACAUGCAAGUUGGUAUUUGGGUUUUAUUGGUUGUUUUUCAUGCUGUUUUGUUUUUUUUUUUUCUUUUCAAAGCCUUUCUGUUGCUGCCUAAAACUGAGCAGAAGUGAAGAAGGUGGGUGAGGGGAGCAGCCUUAUGGCAUCUUCUGCGUAGCACAAAAGGUGUGGGGUAAAAGAGCAUUACAUGAAACAGAGCCCUGUGGUGUCGCACCUGUACCCCAGGGCUUCUGCAGCCUUAAAAAAGGGCUUAGGAAAGCCUGGGCAAACCUAAGUUGUGAAUGAGGAACCUAAAGUAUCUUGUAAUGGGAAAAAAAGGCUCGUAUUUUCUUCUGUGAAGGAAAAGUAUCCCUUGUGGUUGGGAAAAGGGGAAUUGUUACCUUUUUAAAUCAAGUGAAAUGAAAUAAAAGCACAAGGGGCACUUACCCACCCCAAACUGCGUGUUGGGUGUUUUUCAGUUUGUUGGCUGUGUGGUGGAUAAGCUUUGUUUAGGAAGAUGUGUUUUGCAGGAGUAAUGCGGAGCGCUACAGAAUGUAAGCAUUCCCAACAUGUUGUGCUGUCACGUUUGUUUUGUGCCAAAGCAUUUGUUUUGCAGAGGUCGGGCAGCAGCGCUGUGACCUCCUGCUGCUCACAGCACACAGAGCAGAGCCUGGGGUGAUGCUGCUGAGGGGCCGCGGGACACGGAGCACAGCAGUGCUGCAGCAGCAGCAGGGAGCGCCAACGGAGAGGGGCAGGAGGGCUGCUCCUGCACCCGGGAACUGCAGAACAUCACAGCUCAGCCAUGGAGCGACAGAGACUGCAAGUGUUCAGGAGUCACCAUGACAGCAGCAGAGCCACAGGCACCAGCUUGGUUCUCCAGUCACACGUUAAAGUGAGCAGCCAGAAGGUACUGGAGCUGCCCCCAUUGGGUCACGUUGGAUUUUCGUUUCUCACACUCCUUAGUUAAAAUAUCAAUCAAUUAAUUUUUUAAAAUCUGGCAAAAUUAUUUUAUAAAUAUCAGGGAUUACUUAUAAUAGGGCUUUCAGUAACAAAACAGCACUGUUGCCUUUUUUUUCCCCCAGAACUACCAGCAGUAAUUCAUUAAGAAUUCAUUAAGGCCUACUUAAUUUGGUUCCCAGCAUAAAAGAACAUGCAGGAAGGUGGGAAUGUGAUGUCUACAAAGCAGGAAUGCUCCAUGGAGCAGUGCUGCUUCCCCUGGAGCUGCGUGCUCCCAGCUCCUGCAGUUUGCUGCUGCUCAGGUGCUGCCCUUCCCCUUCCCACAGCUCCAUGCAGGGCAAGCCUUGGCCCUGCUCUGCUGCAGGGAAGCAGCAAAGAGGCUCUGCAUGUUUCCUUCUGAAGCUGCAGCUUUAUCCCAAACCACUUACCAUUUCAGAAACCCUUUGUGCUCAUCUGAUAUGUGUUAUUUCCCUAUCAGGAGAAAUUAGGUCAAGCUUUUUCCACUGUUUUUUGUUUUUUUUCCUCCUCAGAAGAGGCAGUUUUAAAACGAUGCCUUAAGAUGUGUUGUAGCAGAUUUUUUUAUAUUUAUGCAGGAUGAACUUAACGCCGGAUUUUUUUUUUUUGCCACUUUGCUAUUUAUAUACAUAUAUAUAAAAUGUAUAAUGAAGCUUAACCAUACAGCACAGAGAUUACAAUUUAACGGCACACAUUCACCACCAGUGAGGGGGACAAACCCCUUUAUACACCCUCUGAAAAAUCUGGAUAAUAAUAUUAAUAAUAAUUAAAAUCCAAAGAAAGUACAGUAUAUUUAACAAAAUAGUAAAUAUUAAACAGUGAAUACUCUACUUAAUAAGGACCUCGCCUUUCUCAAGUCGGCGUCAAUCCACAAAAAUAUACUUUUUAAUCUGGUGAACGUACAAUACAUAGGUACUUACACCAAAGGUGAUAAUAUAUUUAAGAUGCUAUAUACACAAAGAGUUUGGCUCAAAUUUAAAUUUACAUAUAAGUGUUCAUGGCUUAUUUUUCCCCCAAGGUUCCGCCUGCAAGUUUUUCCUUUUCAUCUUUGAAAGCAAAAACUAGAAAGUCAAAAUAAGAUAAAACUAUACUCUACAAAAAAGCUACAACAUACAGCUUUGGCUUAUAUAAAUAAUUCAUAGCAGAAUGUGUUCAAAAGUACUGUAUAUAACUUUAUAUAUAGUCUUCAAUUCAUUAGGGUAUUGUUUUCUUUAAUAUAAAAUAUACAUGAGCUAAAAUCCAUUUCUAUAUUUUUCAAAGGUAUGAACGUAAAAACAAAUUUGUCAAACAUAUUCCAAUUAUAACUUAAUAUAUUAAUUUUAUUUUGUUAAUGUUCUAUUUUCUAGGCUAAUAUUUUCAGAAUAUUUCAUGCGAGUUCUCUAUGUCUCUCUCUCACUUGUUAAAAAAAUCACUUCUUUGACCCAAUACACUUUUUUUUUUUUUGCACGUGCAAAACAGGGUUUUUGUUUUUUUAUUUUCUCUAGCAUCAGCCCUUCUCCAUGCACCCUCUGCAAUAGAGACCCAUGCCAGGUGGGGUAAUAUAAAGGUCGUUUUAUGUACAGUAUUGCUUUCUUCUUCCUGCUUUUCUACUGCUCUGCUGCUACAAAGCAUUAUUUCUUAACUACAAGUAACCAUACAGCUUUAAUAAAACACACAGGGACGUUACUACAGGCGAGCCCUCUUGGUUUCUGCAAUCUAGUGUGGUAGGAUUAUAAUACGGGUACAAUGUUUCUUUGCAAAACAGGUUAUAUUAUUAAAACAACAAGUCCAGGUAAGUGCCAGACUAGAUCAAUACCUACAGGAUUGUUCUGUUACGUUUUACCAUGGGACAUCUGCAGCUAUACAAGAAGUUUGUAAUAAGUGCCUGAUGAUUCUGUGUAUGCUACACACACUAGCACAUAUAUAUGCAUGUGAAGAUAUAUAUAUGCACGUAUGUAUAUACAUAUAAAUAUACUUAUUUCAUGUCCUUAUUUAUAAAUUUAGAUAUGUCAGGACAGUUCAUUUUGAGAA